AUGGGGCGCUAUUACACUGCAUCCAGAGGCUGCACACUCCAAAAAUCCCCUGAGACUGGUGAACUGUUCCGCCAGGCCCUGGGACUUGUGCUCCCAAGAGCACCCCUACGGGAGCCCUCACCUUCUUCAGAACACAGUCCUGCGCAGGUCAUACCUAACUUGGUGAAGACAACAGUGGCUGGGUCAAGCUUGAUGGUAGCAGCUACUCUACAUCCCUCACAAGCCACAGGUACAAGACCUCCUAUGCCACAGUUUAGGCCUGCUAGAGUAGAGGCUAGGGCCACAUGCUGCCUGACACUUCAGGGGCAGAUGACUUGA